CCCCACUCUCCUCGCCUCUGUUCCCCUUCCCAUCGUCUCUUUUUCUUCCCGUGGUCUGUUUCCCUUCCUCCUGUGAUUUUUCGAUCUAAGCGUGCAAGUACUUGGUGGGCUUGUGGCGAGAGAGAUGGCAGGGGAGGCCGGCGAAGUUUUUUCUUGUGAGCUAUGUGGGAACUUCUGCCAUGGCGGUGCUGACAACAACUUCAAGAUCGACAUUCGUGAUGAGUUCCUGUCUAACGCGACUGUGCCAUGCAAUGCAAGAGUCUACGAUCAAUGGCGUUACCAGCGACUACAUGCGUUUUGAAGCGCAUGGACGCAAGUACUCUGUCGACAUUGUGAAGGGGGCACACAGGACCAGAAUCAAGGGGAGUGGCUGGAAGAAAUUCACUUCUGAAUUUUCUCUUCAGAAGGGUGCUGUGGUCAUUUUUGACUUGGACAGGCGUCCCCGCCAGGCACAUGUUGUUGUUCAAAGUGAUGACUUGGACAUAGUUGAAGGAAGCUCUUCAGACGGGGAUGCUGAUGAAGAGAUGAUAGAUGGAGACAUCACAGAUGUGGAUGAAGACGGUGGCAGCAUAAAGAUCGAGUAUACAAGGGGUCUAACUCUGAAUGAUGCACAACAGGACAUUCUCAAUGAACUGGUGCUCAACUUCAAGUCCAAGUUUUUAGGAGUAUCUUUUGUACACUGUCUUACUACAACUGACACUCAAGUUGGACAAAUGAAAGUACCAGAGAGGGUUGCUACAAGCUUAAACAUCCCUAAAGGAGGGUUGGCUGGUGUUCGUUUAAGCAGUGGGGAGGCAAAGACUCGCGUCGAAUACCAGACGUCUACUGAUGGACGUAUAGCUUUCAACAAAAAGCAGUGGAGGCGUUUCCUUUCAAAGACUACCCUGGGAAUCAAUGACUGCAUCUUCAUGUUCUUCAAGGCCAGCAAGAAGUCUUACAUGAAUGUUACUGUUGUCGUCAGCAAGCUUUAAGUUUUAUUUUCUUUUCGAGAAGCUAUGUUCCUAGUUAUGUAGUAUGCUGAUGCAAAACAUCGCUGCGGUCGUUUGUUUAUGCGGUUGACAAGAACCAAGUAACCCCCCCCCCCCCUCGUCGUUUGCGAUGUUUAUUAUCUAUGUGUGUUUUCAAAACUAUGUGGAAUAUGCGUUUCUCGUAAUGAUAAGUGAUGUUAUAUAUUUUUGAUCA